UCCGGCGUUGCUUCACAUCCGCGUACGAUGUCGUUUCCUGAUGACUGGUGGGCUGAACAACCAUGGAAAGAAAGCGACUAAAACCAUGGGAUUACAUCGCGCUUGUUAUUGUUAUUUUUGCCUUUCUGCUACAGGUGGCGGGGUAUUUCAUACCCACUUGGUGGUCCUACAAUGACCCCUCGGCUAGACAUACCAUUGUUGUGUCUAUGCUAGGCUCGGUUGAGAAUGAAGCUGAUGUGGAGAGAACCAAAACAGUGAUUGAGAUCGAAGGAGGAAGGGAAUGGCUGUUUAUAUCCCGUGCCUUUGGUGCCUUCGGAAUUCUGCUGAACUUCCUGUCCUUAAUUUUCCAUCUCCUAUACAUGUGUAUAAGAUACGACUGUAACAGAUCUGCCUCUAUUUACCUUCUGGGCGCCUCAAGUUUAUUUAUACUUGGAGGUGCAAUAGUAUUUGUAGCGUUGCACAAAGAAUUGACUACCAAUCUAAAACCCGACCUGCAGACACUAGGAUUCCCUUGGGGAAUUUGCAUUUUGGCGGGAAUUGUCACCAUAGCGGCGUCCAUAGUAACAGCAGUAGCAACUAUUAAAAAGGCCAAUCAGUGGGACUUUGAGGAUGAGGAUGAUAUAGAUUUCUCUGAAGUUCAAAUGAGAAGAAGAUAGAGCUCAAAUACACCAAUAAUGUAUCCCUUCAUAACUUCAUACUAAUGUACCACCACAAGAAUUUAAGGCAAAGGGGAAAGGAGUUGAAUUCUUUGUUGUGGUGAAGUGUUGAACUGGACAUAACAAACCAACUUCCUGCUAUAAAAGAAGCAUUUCUACAAAGAAGCUCAAACAUUACUCAUAAACUCAUAGAUUUCAGUGUCCACUGCAGUUUACUUAAUACAAGUGCAUAAUAUAACGAAGAAGUGUAGUAAUGUGGAAAUACAUGUACGUAUAAUUGCAUAAGAAGAAGAGUUUAGAUCCACCUACUUAAGGGGAAGAUUUUAUUUUUAAUUUUAAUCAUGACAUAUACAGUGUAUGCCAUUUUUUUUUGUAAAAAAAAAUAAGAUAUAUUAAGGAAAUUUGUUUUAGCUUUAUCAACCAGGAUGGAUCAUAACAGAAAUAAUUUCCUUGUAAAGUGUAAACACAGACGUAGCGAAACUUAUUAGUUCCUAUACAAACAGUGUGUUGGUGCAUUGUCAGUUUUAGCUUUCCAAGACAUCCGGGUUUCAGAUAUGUAAAGUUUGCUCAAGCUGUUGUCAUUGUGCUUAAAAA